AUGAAGUUCCCCGGUGGUUGUUAUUGCAACAAAAUCAGGUACGAGAUCGAAUUGGAAGAUGCGGGCAAGGCCAGGACGAGUAUUUGUCACUGUAAGAAUUGCAAGAAAUUCACGGGAGGUCCUUUUGGUAUAACCUCGAAAAUCCCCGAAAAGAGUUUGACCGUCGUCCAAGGUAAAGAACUCAUCACGGUCCACGAGGCCGACAAUGGUAGCGGGACCACGUUGCAUCGUGAGUUUUGUAAGGAAUGUGGAAGCCCGAUAUUGGAACGUGGGGCCAACGCAGGAGAUUUUACUUAUAUCUUUUAUGGCACACUUGACCAACCAACUGAUUUACCACCAAAGGGGGAAUUCUUUUGUAGUAAACGGGAUAAUUGGAUGCCCGAAGUUCCUGGUCUCUUUCACAAACAACAAAUCAAGGAGUGA